AUGGGAAAACACGAGAGAGGAACACCAAAAGAUAUUGCUAAUAGAAUUAAAUCAAAAGGACUCCAGAAACUGAGAUGGUUCUGUCAGAUGUGUCAGAAACAGUGUCGUGAUCAGAACGGCUUCAAAUGUCAUCUCACUUCUGAAUCACACCAACGUCAACUUCUGCUCGUUGCCGAGAACACUGGUACAUAUUUGAGGCAAUUCAGCAAGCAGUUUGAGGCUAAUUUUAUGCAGAUACUGAAAACCUGUUUCGGUACAAAGCGAGUGCGUGCUAAUGAAGUGUAUCAAGAAUAUAUAAAGGAUAAGGGACACGUUCACAUGAAUUCUACUGUUUGGCACACGCUAACUGGUUUCGUGCACUACUUGGGAAGCAGUGGAAAGUGUAGAAUUGAUCAAAAUGAGAAAGAAGAAGUUCUACGCAAAGCCGAAGAAGCUAAGCGCAUUAAGGCCGAGAAGGACGAUGAGGAACGGCAGCAAGAAAUGAUUAAUGAGCGACAAAACGAGAUUGUUGAAAACCAACCGUCUGAGCUUGUAAGGAAUGACGAUAGUGAAAAAAUCGUCCUGAAUUUGAAUUUUGACAAGAAACCAACUUUGGAGACGAAGAAAGAGGAAGUUGAGAGUGAUGCUGAAACAUCGUAUUCGCGUCGAAAAGCUCAAGAAAGAGAAGAUUCAAAACAUGAUCGGAAGGAUCGUCAUAUGAAUAGAACUAGAGAAGAAAGAAGUCGUAGCAGAACCCUUGAUGAAAUUCGAGAGCACCAAGAGCGAUCCAAAGAGAAAAAAAACCGGAAGGACCAUUGGCUUCAUGAGGGUAUCAUAGUUAAGGUAAUAACGAAGAAAUUGGGCGAGAAAUAUUAUAAAUCAAAGGGCGUUGUAAUGACUUUGAUCGAUGACUACGUUGCUAGUGUUAAAUUAGGUGACGGUGUACUGAUUAAAUUGGACCAAUCGCAUGUAGAGACAGUAAUCCCCAGUGUUGGACGGAAAAUGAAGAUUGUCAAUGGCGCUUACCGUGGAUGUACAGCAAAGCUGGAAAGUCUUGAUACGGACAACUUUUCUUUAAAUCUUCGAAUUGUGGAAGGCCCAAUGAAUGGACGAAGGAUGACUAUCGACGACCCAGUUAUAAAGGGUGCUUUGAAGCUGAAGAAAGGGGAUUUUUUCAAGAAGAAGAAAAAGAAGGCCGUAGAUCCUAAAAUGAUUGAUCUAACUAUUAAAAAAGAUGAGAAUGGUAGUACUGCAGGAAAAACGAAAGCAGAGAUCUCAUUUGAGAAGAGACGUCAAGAAACCAUGGUUAGUUUAUUUCUCCCUAACCAAGAAUGUGGCGAUUCUCAUUAUAGGCCAAUGUUGUUUUUGCAAUAA